UGGAUUGCAGCAAGCUAACAGGAAAAAACCCCUGCAAUGAGGAAUGUCUACAGGAGAUGGAAAGAAUGCGUCGACACGAACCUCCAGCUGAUCCUGAAUAAUAAGCGUAUCAUGCCUGUUUAUUGAGACGACGAAUAUGAAGAAAGCUUGUUUAUGGUCCACGUAAAAGAGAAACAAUAUUAGAAACAAAUCAAGUUAAUAGAAGCCAUAAAGGAUAAUGUUAUUAGAAAACCACAUGUUAGCAGAAGUGUUUAAGAACGAGCACAGUAUCCGAACUGGGAGUCUUUCUAGAAACUUUAAUACCAAAAUCCAGUGCUACAGCCCAUAGAAAAUAAAACUGCUAAGCAUGAAUAUUUCGAAGUUUUUAAAUAAAUGUGCGUAAUCGAAUUAUAGUUUAUAUGUAUAUGUAGGCCAACUAAUAAAAAAACAAUUUGUUAAUUGGUAUUUUUAAAGACUAUGAUAAAUUUUAAUAAAAGGAGACGUUAAAAAUCCCUCGAAGUAAACUAGAAGUAAAACUAAAAACAAAUUAAUUAUUUAUAAUUAACCAUGGCUGACAUUACCGCCAGCUAUAAACAGGAUGAAAACCAAAAGGGCAUGGAAAGUCUAAAGGAAAGUGGUGAGGGUAUUAACAUUUUAAAGAAUAGAAAAACAAUACUGAUGUCUGUUGCUGAAAGUGGAGAUUAUAAGACUGUAGAUCUCUUACUUCAGGAUGGGUUUAAUAUUAAGGAUGUUGAUGACAAUGGAAAAAAUGCAUUAAUGUACGCUUCUAUAAAUGGACGAAAUGCAACUGUAGAGGUUUUAUUAAAAUGGGGCAGCGACGUUAAUGCUGUUGACAAAAGUGGAAAAAACGCAUUAAUGUACGCUUCUAUAAAUGGCCACUAUACAACUGCAGAGGUUUUAAUUAAAAACGGAAUUAAUGCAAACACUGUUGAUGGGCAGAAAAUAAACGCAUUGAUCUACGCUACUCAAGCUGGACAUGAUAAAACUGUAGAGAUUUUAAUUAAACUAGGGUGUAAUGUCAAUGCAGCAGAUGCACACGGAAAGAAAGCAUUAAUGUGGGCCUCAGAACUGGGAAACCUAACAAUUGUAGAGCAUUUAAUAAAAAGUGGUAGUAAUGUAAAAUCACUUGAUCAAAAUGGAAAGAGUGCAUUAAUGUGGGCUUCUGAAAAUGGACAUGAAAAAAUUGUAAAGCUUCUAAUUUUAAGUGGAGGUGAUGUUACAGCAUUCGAUAAUAAUAGAACAACUGCAUUAAUGUGGGCGUCUAAAAAUGGACACGAUAAAGUAGUAGAUGUGUUAAUUAAAGGUGGGAGCAAUGUUAAAGCUGUGGAUGCAUUCGAAAAGACUGCAUUAACGUACGCUUCUCAAGGUGGACACUAUACAACUGUAAAGGUUUUAAUUAAGGGAGGUAGUGACGUUAAAGGUGUUAAUCGAAAAGGUAAAAACUCUUUAAUGUACGCUUCACAAGGUGGACAUGAAAAAACAAAAAGGUAA